UGUAAAAAUUACAUUGGAACUUUUUUCCUUGUGUGCUGAUCCUCAGGUCCAUUGUAAUACACCGAGAAUCAUCCACUUUUUUGCGAUAAUGAUCCGGAAAUUUUAAUCAACAAGCGUGUCCGAAGGCCAGUCGAGUUGGGAAAGACUAUUGUCGGGAUCCCGUCAAUAACUCAAAUCAGAGAUGUAGCCUCUGUCUAUAUCUGUCCUCAGACAUUUAAGGCCCACCAUGCUGCUCUAUCUGCUGCUGGUCUUUCAAGCCAAUGCCAAUGCCCAGAUCGACCCAGCCCACUGUCGCUACCCUCUUGGCAUGGAGGAUGGCAGGAUCAAAGACCAUGACAUCACCGCCUCCAGCCAAUGGUACGAGACCACUGGGCCACAAUAUGCCAGGUUGAACCGGGAGGAGGGUGACGGGGCGUGGUGCCCAGCGGGACUCCUACAGCCCUCUGACACCCAGUACCUGCAGGUCGACCUGGGCCAGCUCACCUUCCUGACAGUGGUGGGAACACAGGGCCGCUAUGCCCGGAACUCGGGUAAAGAAUUCGCCCGCAUGUACCGCCUGAACUACAGCCACGACGGCCAGCUCUGGAGAUCCUGGAAGAAUCGCCUUGGCAAUAAGACGAUGGAGGCGAAUGACAACGCCUAUGUCUCUGUGAUCAAAGACCUUCACCCGCCCAUCAUCAGCCGCUACAUCCGUCUCAUCCCCGUCACCAAGAUGCCCACCACUGUGUGUAUGAGACUGGAGCUGUACGGCUGCCCCUGGCACGACGGCCUGACAUCAUACAGCUCUCCUGAAGGUCAAGUGAUGAUGCCUCCUGGGUAUCCCAUUGCCAGCCUCAACGACUCCACAUACGACGGCGCCCACGAACGAGGGAAACUGUCUGGGGGGUUGGGUCAGCUGACGGACGGUGUGACUGGUCAAGAUGACUUCCUGGUGACGCGGCAGUACCAUGUAUGGCCUGGAUACGACUAUGUGGGCUGGAGGAACGGGAGUCUGGGCUCUGGCUAUGUGGAGAUGGAGUUUGUCUUUGACAAGCAAAGGAACUUCACCUCCAUGAAGGUGCACAGUAACAAUAUGUUCUACCGCGGGGUGAAGAUCUUCUCCUCCGUGUCCUGCUCUUUCAAGCCUCGUCUCAUUGCUAACUGGGAGACCGAGCCGGUGGAGUUCCGUACGGUGCUGGACGACCGUAACCCCAGCGCUCGCUAUGUGACCGUGCCUCUGGGACGCCGUAAUGCCAAGGCCCUGCGCUGCCGUUUCCACUUCGCUGAUGUGUGGAUGAUGUUCAGCGAAAUCUCCUUCCAGUCAGCAGACACCGUGAUUCCUACUCAGAUAACCCUGGCGGUGACAUCCCCUUGGCCCAAGGAGGAGAGCUCCAUGCCCACCACCCACAAGACUGUGACAACCCCAUCAACCAAGGACCAACCGGAUGAUGGGAACACCCCUAUUCUGAUUGGCUGUCUGGUGACGAUCAUCCUGUUGCUCGUGGUGAUCAUCUUCCUGAUCUUGUGGUGCCAGUAUGUGUGCAAGGUGCUGGAGAAGGCUCCACGCCGUAUCCUCGAGGAGGAGGUCACCGUGCGCCUGUCCUCCAGUAGUGACACCAUCAUUCUACAGACCCCUCCCGUGCCCCCCCGGGUCUCUCAGAUGGACCACCCGUACGAGCGCGUCUUUCUCCUGGACCCUCAGUACCAAGACCCAGCCGGCCUCAGGAACAAGCUGCCUGAACUGUCUCGGAGUGCAGAGACCUCAGCGUGUGGUGGGGGCUAUGCGGAGCCCGAUGUGACCCAGUGCACGCCUCACCAGUGCUUCCAGAGCAGCGUGCCGCACUACGCCGAGACGGACAUCGUAAGCCUGCAGGGUGUGACAGGCAGUAACAUGUAUGCCGUGCCUGCGCUCACCGUCGACUCGCUCACCCGCAAGGACAUCUCCGUGGCAGAGUUCCCCCGCCACCGGCUGCUCUUCAGGGAGAAGUUGGGGGAGGGGCAGUUUGGGGAGGUCCACCUGUGUGAGGCUGAGGGUCUGCCUGAGUUUCUGGGGGAGGGCGCCCCCCUUCCCGACCGGGACGGACGGCCUGUCCUGGUGGCGGUGAAGCAACUGAGGGCAGACGCCACCAACAACGCCAGGAACGACUUCCUGAAGGAGAUCAAGAUCAUGUCGAGGCUCAACGACCCCAACAUCAUCCAGUUGCUGUGUGUGUGUGUGAGCUCAGACCCACUGUGCAUGGUGACUGAGUACAUGGACAACGGAGACCUCAACAUGUUUCUGUCACAGAGAGAGAUGGAGAGCACCCUGACCCACGCCAACAACAUCCCCGCAGUCAGCUUGUCAGAUCUCCUGCACAUGUCAGUGCAGAUCUCGUCCGGCAUGCGCUACCUGGCCUCUCUGAACUUUGUGCACCGAGACCUGGCCACACGCAACUGCCUGCUGGACCGCAGACUCACCAUCAAGAUAGCAGACUUCGGCAUGAGCAGAAACCUGUACAGCAGUGACUACUACCGCAUUCAGGGGCGAGCUGUGCUGCCCAUCCGUUGGAUGGCCUGGGAGAGCAUUCUACUGGGUAAGUUCACCACGGCCAGCGAUGUGUGGGCCUUUGGCGUCACCCUGUGGGAGAUCUUCACUCUGUGUAAAGAGCAGCCUUACAGCCUACUGUCAGACGAACAGGUCAUCGAAAACACUGGCGAGUUCUUCCGGAACCAGGGCAGACAGAUCUUUCUAUACGCCCCACUGCUCUGUCCUCCCUCUCUAUUUGAGCUGAUGAUGCGUUGUUGGGACCGCGACAUCGCCGAUCGACCCACCUUCGAGGGGUUGUACCAGGCCUUACGACCACACGUGGUCCAGUGAACUUUGAACCCUGGCACAACCAACGGGCUGUCCUGAGUGAGAGGUCUAUUUAGCCUGAAUUCUCUUCUCUUAACCCCUCUGACUGACAGACAGAUGGACAGACGGACAGACAGAGAGAAAGACAGGAAUCAGACAGACAGACAUACAGACAGCGGGGAGGACUGGAAGAGGAUGCAGCGAUGUUAUCAUUUUAAGAGAGCAGGAAGUGGGUUCAGGUUAUCACUUCCAGAAUGUGGACCAUUUCUUUCAUAUUUCACAUUCUUCAGUGAUGGACCUGAAUCAUUUGAAAUCCAUGAAAAAAUGCUCUCACCCUUUUUGUCUGUUGAUGGUUUGUGUAAAUUGAAUUCUGUUCAUCCAUCUUUAUACAGUAUGUUGUGUUUUCAUGUUGAUUUUGUAUGGUAGGCCUACCAAAGAAAACAUAAUGUCCCUAAUACCGGGCCUAGUAAGAAAUCGACAACUGGACAAAUGCUUUUGUCUUGAGGUUCUGUGUUUUUUUGUGUGUAAAGCACUGCUGCCUGGUUGUCUUCCAUUUAUCCAUUGUUCCUUUUAUUAACCCCACACUGGACUAUGAUCAUGUUGAUUUGUUUGACUCAGAUUUUAUUGAUCUUUUUGAAUAUGAAUGUUAUAUAGGGCAGUUUGGAUAAGGCCUUUGGCUAAAGCAGAACUACUGUCAUAGCUAGAAUAGGACCCUAACCCUCUGACCCUAACCCUCUGAACCUAACCCUCUGACCCUGACCCUCUAACCCUAACCCUCUGACCCUAAGCCUCUGACCAUAACCCUCUGACCCUGACCCUCUAACCCUAACCCUCUGACCCUAACCCUCUGACCCUAAGCCUCUGACCAUAACCUUCUGACCCUAAGCCUCUGACCCUAAACCUAACCCUCUGACCCUAACCCUCUGACCCUAAGCCUCUGACCCUAACCCUCUGACCCUAACCCUCUGACCCUAACCCCCUGACCCCAAGCCUCUGACCCUAACCCUCUGACCCUCUAACCCUAACCCUCUUACCCUAACCCUCUGAUCCUAACCCCCUGACCCUAAGCCUCUGACCCUAACCCUCUGAUCCUAACCCUCUGACCCUAACUCUAACCCUCUGACCCUAACCCUCUGACCCUAACCCUGCUUUAGAGAGGGUUGGGGAGCUACAAUGGACUGAUGAUGAGGAAUAGAAAGCACUGUCCCCUUGGAGAUGUCUAAAGCAAGGCACUGUCCCGCUGGAGAUACCCACCGCAAACUGUGCAGCCUUAUCAGAUAGCAUUAAAGCUAGUUAGCAUUAUUAGAUGUCAUUAGCUAUCCCCUACAGAGAUUCAGUCUUCUGGAUUGAGUAGCUGGAGGCUGGUUAGCGUUGGUCCAGGGGCGUUUGUGAGCGUUCCAGUGGAGGAACACGCACUGACGGUGACGUGGACCAGAGCUAGAAGCUGGACAACGGUGACGUGGACCAGAGCUAGAAGCUGGACAACACUCUUUACGAGUAUACAGUACCUAGCAUGUUGCUGUGGCCAAGCCUCUGAUCACACAGUAGCUAGCAUGUUGCUGUGACCAAGCCUCUGAUCACACAGUAGCUAGCAUGUUGCUGUGACCAAGCCUCUGACCAAACAGCUGUUGUGUUCACAGCUCCGCCUUCAGAUGAAUUGAGCCAUAGCAAUAGAAUUACUGCUGUACGUCCCUGUUCUAGGGAACAGGGAAGUUACUGCUGUACUUCCCUUCGCCUGUUCUAGUACACAUAUUUCUAUGAUUGUAGCUGGCUUGCAUAGAAUUCAUUCUGAGUUGCAGGGGAUUGAAAUGAAGGUUAACCUUAAUUGUGGUUGUAAAUAUAAUUGAAAAGCGAUCUCUGUGUAGAUGUCACAUGUCCAUUGGGAGAUCAAUCGAUAUUGUCAUGUUAGUGUAAAAGUUUUAAAAAGCCAAGUUUUACUUUUUUUGUUAUUUCAAAACAUUAUUCCCCCCCCCUAUUUUAAGUACAUUUAUUUGUAUUGCUGCAUCCUCUGUUGCCACAAUAUCUGAGUGAAUGAACAGGCAUCAAGUGUUUAAAAGUGGCUGACACCAAAGAUCUCAACAUUGAAAUCAGCUUCUGACAUUUCUUGUGUUGUCAUUGUUAAGGUUAUUAACAUUAAUGUCAAUGUGUUGUGUUGUUCACCUGUACUGUAUCUGAUACUUCACGGUGUGUCUGCUGGGAGGAGGGGCUCUGCUGGGAGGAGGGGCUCUGCUGGGAGGAGGGGCUCUGCUGGGAGGUGGGGCUCUGCUGAGAGGAGGGGCUCUGCUGAGAGGAGGGGCUCUGCUGAGAGGA